AUGUUCAACUUUCUCCUUCAUUCAUUUUCCUCCAGUCCGUGACUGACGUGACUUACGUGUGGCUGCCAGAAGCCUCAUCUGUGUGUAGUCAUGAUUCGGGCCAUCUUUCCCUUGUGUGUUCUUACCUUCACACUCCUUUUUUUGUGGACGGAUGCACGUCCCGAAUCCCCUGUCCGGUCAAGGCGUGCUCCCGCUGCCAAAGUGCGACUGGCAGGUAUCAAUCACAGAGAAAACGAGGGACGAGUUGAAGUCCUGCACAACGGGACGUGGGGCACAGUUUGCGACGACGAGGUCGACAUUAAACUCGCUAAUGUGGUUUGCAGGGAACUGGGUUUCCAAAGUGGCAUAACAUGGGCGCACAGUGCCAAGUACGGAGAGGGAGAGGGCCCCAUUUGGAUGGAUAAUGUGAGGUGUGAAGGAACAGAGAAAACUCUGAAAGACUGCAAGUCGAACGGAUGGGGUGUUCAUGACUGCAAACACACUGAGGAUCUCGGGGUGGUCUGUAGUCCAGAGAGAAGGCUGGACCAAGUGCAUCCUGGAGUCACCAGAAGAGGGCACACCAUCGCUCUCAGACCAAACGCAGUCACCUCCAACCGUUGGCAGGACAUUUACUCCAGUUCAAGAACACAUGCACACCUCAGGCAAGGCAAUGGACACUCCCAGGAUCAUACCGGAUGGGAUCAAUUCUCCAGACAGCAGCUUCAUAAUCCGUCUGCCAAUAGGGUGAGGAUUGAGGAAGUCCGUCUCAAGCCAGUCUUGAUGGUUACAAAGAGGCGCACUCUUGUCACGGAGGGUGUGGUGGAAGUAAAGCAUGCUGGGAGAUGGAGACAGGUGUGUGAUAAAGGCUGGAGUUUGAAUAGCAGCAGAGUUGUGUGUGGGAUGCUUGGCUUUCCUGACGCGGAGCAGCCCAACAUGAACACCUACAAAAAAAUAUGGGAUACAAAGGUCAAGGAUUCAACAACGAGAUUAAGUCAGAUGACCAAGAAGAAGGGAUUCUGGGUUGAGAAAGUACAUUGUCUGGGUACAGAGCCCAGCCUAGCGGACUGUCACACCCAGCUGUCAAUCCCGCGAAGCCCCGCCCCCUGUAAGAACGGUCGCCAUGCUGUGGCCCGCUGUGUCCCAGGACCGCAAUUUGCUCGUAUGUCCUCUGGCAGACCCCAGGCACCUCACCCUGUGCAGCUGUCAGUGCGCCUGAAGUCAGGGCCACGUCUGGGAGAAGGCAGAGUGGAGGUUCUGCGCGAGGGGAAGUGGGGAACUGUGGUUGACCACCUGUGGGACCGUAUCUCAGCCAGCGUGGUGUGCAGAGAGCUGGGCUUCGGCUCUGCCAAAGAGGCUCUUUCCGGAGCAUACAUGGGUCAAGGGACGGGGCCAAUCCACAUUAACUCUGUGCAGUGCACUGGCACAGAGCGCUCCAUUUUGGAUUGUUUCUUCCAGGAAGUCCCUCCCUGGACAUUCAAACACAGCCAGGAUGCUUCUGUCAAGUGCUAUGUUCCUAAGACAGGCGUGGACACCACGGUGCGGUUGGCAGGCGGCAGGGAUUCGGCUGAGGGUCGUGUGGAGGUGCUCAUGGAGGUGGGGGGCAGAAAGCGUUGGGGGACGAUUUGCAGUGAAAACUGGGGAAUAAAUGAAGCUAUGGUGGUGUGCAGGCAACUGGGCUUUGGUUUCGCCUCGCGUGCCCAUCAGGACACAUAUUAUUGGCAAGGAGACCCUUCGGCAGAAGUAGUGACAUUGAGUGGGACUCACUGUGUGGGAACAGAAAUGUCCAUCCAGCAGUGCCGUCGGAAUAAUCACGUCCACUGCCCUCGAGGAGGCGGGGCUAAAGCAGCCGGUGUCAGCUGUUCUGAAACGGCACCUGACCUGGUUUUGGAUGCACAGCUCGUGCAGGAGAGCGCUUACCUGGAAGACAGGCCUCUGCACCUGCUCACCUGUGCUCAUGAGGAGAACUGUCUGUCCUCCUCUGCCAACCGUAUGCAGUGGCCCUACGGACACCGCCGGCUUCUGCGUUUCUCCUCUCGUAUCAUGAACUUGGGCAGAGCCGACUUCCGUCCACGCUCCUCAAGAGAGUCCUGGACCUGGCACCAGUGCCACAGGCAUUAUCACAGCAUUGAAGUGUUCACGCAUUAUGACCUCCUCACACUCAACGGAAGCAGAGUGGCUGAAGGACACAAAGCCAGUUUCUGUCUGGAAGACACCUUCUGUCCUGAGGGACUUCACAAACGCUUUUCAUGUUACAAUUAUGGAGAUCAAGGCAUUUCAGUGGGUUGCUGGGACACGUACCGCCACGACAUCGACUGCCAGUGGAUAGACAUCACCGACGUGAGACCUGGAGACUACAUCAUGCAGGUUGAGGUAAAUCCGUCCCUGGAUAUGGCUGAAUCAGACUUUAUGAACAACAUCAUGCGUUGUCGAUGUAAAUAUGAUGGACACAGAGUGUUUAUGUACGGCUGCCAUGCAGGUGAUGCCUACAGCGCCGAAAUCGAGGAUUUAUUUGAACAUCAGCGUCAGAUCAGCAAUAACUUCAUCUGAGCCUGUAGGUGAGAGGAGGGAAUGAGUCCUGGAAAUGUGGCUUUCUGGACAAUAAACUGAGUGAAAGAGAAAGAGAUCUUGUCAACUGAUCUCAGAACAGUCUACCAGUAGCACCACAGUGGAAGAGAUCUGCUACAUUUUUAAAGGGGUCAUGACAUGGAUUAUUUUUA